UGCCGCUGUGGAAUCCCAACCAUGUCCUCCAUUUAAACUCACUCGAGAUACCUAGAAGAAAAUGACAGAAGGAAGCAGGUAGAGAUAACAGUGGUAGAGGAAGCGUCUCCCUCGUCUCCUCUUCCUCCUCGUUCUAUUAGAGUGACGAAGAAAAGGAGAACAAAGAUGGCUCUUUUGCCUCUCUUUGACCCUCUGUGUUGCCAAGAAGAGAGCUUGGAGCUGGAAGAAGAACGGACAGGACCAUUGUCGCCCGACCACCUCCUAGAGGACUGGGCGGCGGUGGCCGAGGAGGAGUGGGUGGAGGCGCUUUGCUCCUUGGCGACCAGAGAAGGGGAGACCCGGCUGCCUGACGGCCGCGGGGAACACACGUACCUGCUGUCGGCAAGGAUGGAGGCGGUGGAGUGGGUGGCUCGCGCCUCGGAGCGCCACUUGUUCUCCGCCCUCACGGCGCUGCUUGCCGUCGACUACCUGGACCGGUGCUUCCUCACCUCUUCCGUAGCCGGCGGGCUCCGGCUUCAGCAGGACAAGCCGUGGAUGGGGCGGCUGGCGGCUGUGGCCUGCCUGUCUCUGGCGGCGAAGGUGGAGGAGACCCGCGUUCCCCUGCUCCUUAACCUGCAGCUGUCGUUAGCCGCGGCGACGGCGACGGAGCCGGAGGACAACAAGUUCGUGUUCGAGGCCAAGACCAUCCGGCUGAUGGAGCGACUCGUGCUCUCUUCCCUUGGGUGGCGGAUGAACCCCGUCACGCCGCUCUCGUUCAUCCACCACCUCCUUCCUCGACUCUGUCCCUGUUCCAAAGACAAGAACGCGAUCUCCACCACAACCGCCGCCGCCCGUGUCCGAGACCUGGUUAACGGGUGCGAAGCUAUUCUCCUCUGCGUCAUAGCCGAUCGGAGAUGGAUCCGCUAUCCUGCAUCCGUUUGGGCCGCGGCGGCGCUGUCCGCCGCUUCGCUGGAGUCCCACGAGACCCACCACCUCAUCUCUUUCCUCAACGUUCCAAAGGACAAAGUGGACGAAUGCUAUCGGCUCAUCAUGGAACGAGGAAUCCAUGGCGGUAAGCGAAAGCAUUCCUCUGCCUCCUCGUACUACGCCUACAGUUCACCAGCAAGUCCAAGCGAGAGUUCGUCGAGCGGCGGCGAUUGCUGGUCAAGGUGGCCAACCUCGGGCUCACCUUCGCCGGAGAUUCGCCCUCUCAAAAGGCCAAACUGCAGCAGCGGCAGCAAGACCUUCGGAGACAAUGAACUCUGCUCCUGUUCCAAUGUAAAUAGAUUAUGAUCCGGCACUCGUACUAACUAGUGCACUCCAUCUCUGUUCUCCUUAUAAUCGGCACUGUUCUUUCCUCGUUGUUGUGAGGAACGAUCCGAAGGAUGCGCGCAAAUCCUCUCUCCAUGUUAUGCUUGCCUCUG